ACGGCGCCGCCCGGUUUCCAUGGGAACGGGACGCCGUGCGCUUCUCGUCCGCGGCCCCCCGGUAACCGGGGCGGGGCCUCCGCCGUCGCGGGGUCCAUGGCGGGCGGGUGCCGGUCGUUGUGCUGUGGCGGCACCUCCCGCUCCUGUCGGCCGCCGUCGGCCCCGGUGGCUGAGGAGGAGCGGGGCGAUGCCGACGCGGCACUCCGGGAAGCUCGGCUGGCGGCGACCGAGGCGUGCCGGGCUGAGUACCGGGAAGCCGCCCGCCGGCUAGCCAGGAGGAACGCGGAGCUGCUGUGGCGGCAGCAGCGCGCCGAGAGGGAGGCGGCGGCCGUGGCGGCCUUCCUCACGAAGCAGGGCCGGGAGGAGGCGGAGGAGACUGAGAAACUGAAGCAGGAGCUGAUUGAUUUGAAGCAGCAAGCACAGGAAGAGAAGCAGCAGCUGUUAAAAGAGAGUAUGGAGAUCUCAAACAGGAGACAUCAGGAAGUGGUUGCGAGAAUGGAGAGGAGGUUUCUUCAAGAAAAGGAAAGACUGGAAGGUGAUGUUGAGAGAAAGCAGAUAAUGAUGGCAGAGGCUGCCCAGCAUGAGGCUGUUCUGCAGCUGAACAUCACUGGGAGAGAGGUGUUUAAGGAGAAUGUUCGUCUUCACUGUGCAUUUGCUUACCAGCUGAAAGAGACAAUGGAAUUGCAGAAAAUCAAACAGAAGUUAGAAGAGGACAAAACUCUUCUGUUACAGGAGAAGGAAACCCAUGAGGGUUUGAUUCAAAGAAAGAUCCUACAGAUCAAUCGCCAGAAAGCACAGAUUAGAGAGCUGCAGCAUAAAGUGGAAAAGCUGGAGACAGCCUUAUGUUGCAGGACCAGAGAAUCUGUGAGAGAGACUCAGAAAACACAGCAUCAGGCACUGAUAGAAAACCAGGCAAGCAUGGUGGAGAUCAAGAAACUGCAGCAACUACUAGAAAUGAAGGAUCGGGAGAUGAACCGAGUGAAGAAGCUAGCCCGGAAUAUCUUAAAUGAGAGGACUGAGGUGGAAAGGUUCUUCCUAGAUGCUCUGGAACAUGUGAAGCAGGAAAUCAUAUCCAGUAGAAAGCAUUAUAAGAAAAAGGCCCAAACUGCUUAUUACAGAAAAAUGAUGGAGGCAUGUGCAGGGAAGGAAGAAUUUCCCCAAAUCAAAACAUUCAAAAGCAACAUAAAUAGCACAAAUAGUGUGUACAGAGACCUAGAGGAAGCAGAGAAAUGCUACUGGGAAAAAAUCCAGUUUGAAAAGGUGGAUAUCAGCGAGUUGACAUGGGAACAAAAAGAACGUGUUCUGCGAUUGCUUUUUGCCAAAAUGAAUGGCACAAAUCCAUGGAAAUACACCAGAGUUUUGGCUACUUCACCUCCAGCUCCUGACGAUACUAAAGAAGAAAGCAAAAUUGGCACAGAAAAUACUUCUCCUGACCUAAUAUUCAUUACACAGCAGGCCAAAAUAUCAGAUUCAUCAUCUUCUUCUGCAGUAAUCCAUCCGUGUAUUCAGAAGUUAACACCACAGACAGAGUAAGGCAGCUGUAUGCUUCGCAGGAACAGCAGCCACAGCAAUUACCGCCUCAUCUGCACUUUUCAUUUUGGAAUUUGUCUUGUGAGCAAAGCUGUGAAUUCCAAAUCCUGUCUGCUGCACAGCUACUUUGACUAUGCGUUUGAAAUCCAUCUGAAAUACAGUUACUUUCCUCCUUCUUAAAGUAAAGAUUUUAUUCUUUCCCAAGCCAGGAGCCUGGAUGACCCUGUACAAUGCACUAGGAUUUGGACUGGUGGUUAGAACUCUGUACAUAGGUGUUGCUAUAAUGUGAUGAAGAUAUAUUUUCAGUUUAUAAUGAAGUAAUUUACGUGAAGUUUAUGAGUCUCUGUGACCAAAUGAUGUGUAUGUGGAAACAGCAACAAGGCUUUCCUUGAAAUGCUGUAUGAAGAAAUUAGAACAGAGGUCCCUGAAAUACUGUAAAAGGAGGCUGUAUACAUGGGUUACAGGAGUCACAGACCAGCCUCUGCAAAGAAGGGAAUAAAGUCAACAUCACACCUAUAUAAUGUCUUACCAAGAAACAGUCAUAUUCUGCAGAACUGUAUUAGCACAGUUUUAAUUUGUAAUCAAAUUGCGUGGUGAGAAUUUCCCUCUAGGGUAUAGCAGAGGAAAAAACCAAGCUACAAACAUCAGUGAAUGCACAGCAAUGGCACUAAUACAUAACUGCCAGUUACAAGGCAUCUUUACCAGAAGGCAGGAUACAAAGUGUUCACAUUCAGGUUGUUUAAUUAGAACAAGUCAUGGUUACAAUUAUUAGAAUAAUACUAUUUUCCAUGGGUGCUUGAAUGAGUUCCCUAUGGCUGCAUCAUCUUCCAGAAACCAGGAAUAAAAAUUUGGAGCUCUCCAGCUCCAAAUGCAUGGAUUCUUAAAAACAGGGUACACCAAGUCUUACCCUUCUCUUGUAAUGGGACCUGCAGUCCCUAGAGAACAUGACUGUUUGAGCAAAUGUGACAAGGAGUCAAUCAAUCAACAUAAGAAAUACAGCUGUAGUCAGGAAAACAGACCAACAGAGCAGGCCUGGCUGCUCUGGGAUUAAAAAAAUGUGUUCUUCCUUCCUACUGACCUGUCCACUUACUCUCCCCUCCAUCCAGACCCACAUGAUGCUGUGACACUAAGACACAUAUACAUGCUUCUCUCUGCUUCCACAGUUUCAUUAUGUUACAGGACCUGUAGGCACAUAUCUGUUAGCUCAGUAAAAGGCACCAAACAACUUUUGGGUGUAACGGAAUUGACAGCAAGCUGGAGAAUACAAGCCACAUGCACAACAGGAACAGAAGUUUUCAAGCCGUCAGAGGCACAGUGAAGGUCACGGUACCACACAGGUAUUUUUUUCAUCCUCAGACAAGCACACAAAUAUGCUUUCAUGAAAAAUCCUUUGAAAGCUAUUUCCCAAGUGUUUUGGAAACUGCUCAACAGAUGACACUGACAUUUUCGACUCCCAAACUUACUGUCUUCACUGUAUGUAAAGUCACUUCGAUGAGACACCCAAGGUGUCCCAGUUAUGUCACUUAAAAUGAGUCGUCAUCUUUGAGUAAGGUGAACUCAAAAUCUUAAGAUGUAAGAUAAAGAGGUAAAGAAAACUGCUACAGGAUGUAGCUGGGAGUGAGUAACUAAGGCUAAAGAUAUCAAAGUGAAAACCAGAGUAAUGUUCAAGUUCAGCAGGUCUGGAAAGAAAAAUGUAUUAAGACCAAUCUCACUGUCUGCCCUUUCAAUUAGAUAAGGUUGUUUCCUCUGUUGUAGGAAAAAAAUUGAGUUCAGCUAGCCUAAAACCACUGACAGCAACAGAAAACCAGACCGUGUGUUACAUGAGCCUGCCUGAUCUGCACACAGAGG